AUGAGCAACACACAAUCCUACAGAAGCAGAGGCAGGCAAUACCCAAUUCUACAGAAACAGAGACAAGCAACACACAAUCCUUCAGAAGCAGAUGCAAGCAAUACCCAAUUCUACAAGAGCAGAGAUGAGCAACACACAAUUCUACAGAAGCAGAGACGAGCAACACACAAUCCUACAGAAGCAGAUGUAAGCAAUACCCAAUUCUACAAAAGCAGAGACGAGCAACACACAAUCCUACAGAAGCAGAUGCAAGCAAUACCCAAUUCUACAAAAGCAGAGAUGAGCAACACACAAUUCAACAGAGGCAGAGACGAGCAACACACAAUCCUACAGAAGCAGAUGCAAGCAAUACCCAGUUCUACAAAAGCAGAGAUGAGCAACACACAAUCCUACAGAAUCAGAGACGAGCAACACACAAUCCUACAGAAGCAGAUGCAAGCAAUAACCAAUUCUACAAAAGCAGAGAUGAGCAACACACAAUCCUACAGAAGCAGAGACGAGCAACACAUAAUCCUACAGAAGCAGAUGCAAGCAAUACCCAAUUCUACAAAAGCAGAGAUGAGCAACACACAAUCCUACAGAAGCAGUGACAAGCAACAUACAAUCCUACAGAAGCACAGAGAUGAGCAAUACCCAAUUCUACAGAAACAGAGACAAGCAACACACAAUACUUCAGAAGCAGAUGCAAGCAAUACCCAAUUCUACAAGAGCAGAGAUGAGCAACACACAAUUCUACAGAAGCAGAGACGAGCAACACACAAUCCUACAGAAGCAGAUGCAAGCAAUACCCAAUUCUACAAAAGCAGAGACGAGCAACACACAAUCCUACAGAAGCAGAUGCAAGCAAUACCCAAUUCUACUAAAGCAGAGAUGAGCAACACACAAUUCAACAGAGGCAGAGACGAGCAACACACAAUCCUACAGAAGCAGAUGCAAGCAAUACCCAAUUUUACAAAAGCAGAGAUGAGCAACACACAAUCCUACAGAAGCAGAGACAAGCAACACACAAUCCUACAGAAGCAGAGACGGACAACACACAAUCCUAUACAGAAGCAGAGACAAGCAACACACAAUCCUACAGAAGCAGAGACAAGCAACACACAAUCCCAAAGAAGCAGAGAAAAGCAACACAUAAUUCUACAGAAGCAGAGACAAGCAACACACAAUCCUAUACAGAAGCAGAGACAAGCAACACACAAGCAAAACACCAAUUCUACAGAUGCAGAGACAAGCAGUACAUAA